CAGGCUGACUGAGCAUGGGGGAGCAGCUGCCGCCGCUGCUCUCCGGCUGCCCUUGCACCGCGCCCGCCGGCCGCUUCGCCCCGGGGCUCUGCCCUUUCUCAGCCUGAAGGGCGCCCGCACCUUGUGGACCCGGGCGGGGAGGGGGCUCUGAAGCAGUCGGGCUCCGCUGCGUGCAUCUUGCGGCGGCGGCAGCGGCUCCUGCGGCCGGUGCUUCUCCUGCUCCCCCCACCCUCGCUUUGCAGCUCAGCCCGGCCCCGGGGAGCAGAGCCUGAUCUCUGCCAACCUGCCGCUGCGGGCGGGUCGCAGCCCUGCUGCUGGGCUCCAACUUUUAUUCCUUGUUCGGGGGGGAAGGGGCGCCUCCUGCCCAGCCACCCACACCCCGUGCUUUGCCGCUGCCGCCGUGUUUUGCAUGGAUGCACCAUGGCCACGCUGGUUUGCAGGGUGCAGUUCUUAGAUGACACCGACCCCUUCAAUAGCACCAACUUCCCCGAGCCCACCCGGCCCCCUCUCUACACCUUCAGGGAGGACAUCGCGCUCGUCACCCAGCUGGCCGGGGUGCACCGCCUGCUCAGAGCCCCGCAUAAGCUUGAUGACUGUACACUGCAACUGUCCCAUAAUGGUACCUAUCUGGAUUUAGAAUCCACCUUAGUGGAGCAAAGGGAUGAAUUGGAAGGUUUCCAGGAAGAUGCUGGGAGGGGCAAGAAGCACAGUAUAAUUCUGAGGACACAGCUCUCAGUGAGAGUCCACGUCUGCAUUGAAAAACUCUACAACUCCAGUGGACGGGAGCUGAGACGGGCCCUUUUCUCUUUGAAACAAAUAUUUCAGGAUGACAAGGAUUUGGUUCAUGAGUUUGUUGUGGCUGAAGGCCUGACUUGCUUGAUAAAAGUGGGAGCUGAGGCAGACCAGAACUAUCAGAACUACAUCUUAAGAGCUUUGGGCCAGAUUAUGCUGUAUGUAGAUGGGAUGAAUGGAGUAAUAAAUCAUAAUGAAACCAUCCAAUGGCUGUACACUCUCAUUGGGUCAAAGUUCCGUCUGGUGGUAAAGACAGCACUGAAACUGCAGCUGGUGUUUGUGGAGUAUACGGAAUCCAAUGCACCACUUUUAAUCCAGGCAGUAUCCACAGUAGAUGAGAAGAGAGGAGCCAAGCCAUGGUCCAACAUUAUGGAGAUCCUGGAGGAAAAGGACGGGGUUGACACUGAACUGCUGGUUUAUGCAAUGACCUUAGUUAACAAGACGCUGUCGGGGUUGCCAGAUCAGGACUCUUUCUAUGACGUGGUGGACUGUCUGGAAGAGCUAGGCAUCGAAGCUAUUUCACAGAGACACUUGAACAAGAAAGGAACAGACUUGGACUUAGUUGAGCAAUUUAACAUUUAUGAGAUGACACUGAGACAUGAGGAUGGAGACGAGACUGCUGAUCCCCCACCCAAUGGGCGCAAAGACAGAAGAAGGGCCAGUCUUGGCUCCAGUGAACGAAGGGGAUUAGAGCGCAGGAGAAGCCGCAGACAUUCAGCCCAGAGCAUCAAAAGCACUUUAUCAGCUCCUGCAAGUCCCUGCAGUCAGUCGAGUCCAAGCUUCAUGUUAGGCCAUGGGCAGCGUAUUGAAGAUCUUAGUGAGAAUGAAUUCGAGCCUGAGGGCCCCGUGGUCUUACAGGCUGAUGACAAGGAUGACAGUGCAUUUGAAGCUGAACUUCAAACAUCUUCAAUAGAGGAGAAGGAGUAUGAAGAAGAGGAAGAGGAGCAACCAGUCACAGAGCCUAAUACUGAGGAUGAGGGGGAGGAAGAGGCCCGUAGGCAGGUCAAACCCAGUGAGAUCCCAGACGUAAACCAGGUUGCAAAUGAAAAGCUGCAGAAUGAGAAUCAGAGUUCUGAUUCUUCAGCCGUCUCAAGUGCAGUUUCUCAAGCCGAGAGGCCUCCCUCAUGCUCUAAAGCCAAGAGUCCGUCCAGCAGCUCAUCUUCUGUGCCUGAUUCAUCUGUCUCACUCCAUUAUUCUGUUUAUUCAUCACCAUCCUCUCCUGCAUCAGUCUCACUUAACUCCUCCCAAAAUUCAUCAGCAUCUAUUACUCCAAAGGCAUCUCCAACUGUAGAGAAAUUGCCUUAUGUACCACAUAGCCCUUUUCACCUUUUCUCCUAUGACUUUGAAGAGUCUCCAGCAACUGUUACAGAAAAGGAAGCAGAGGUUAUCAGGGAAAACAGAAACAGUAGCUAUGGCAACAACUCUUAUUCCUCUACAAGACCUUAUUCUGGAAUCAGUGCACCUACCACACCCAUUUCUCGUUAUGGGACAACUCUGUCACCACCUCAGGAGACCAAAUCUGAAAGGCCAGCAUUGGGUGGUCUCCUUACAUCAUCUUAUCGGCAGCACCAAGAAUCCUUGGCAGCGGAAAGAGAGAGGCGACGUCAGGAGAGAGAAGAGAGGUUGCAAAGGAUAGAGCGGGAAGAAAGAAACAAAUUCAACCGUGAUUAUUUAGACAAAAGAGAGGAACUAAAGCAAGCAAGAGAAGAGAGAUACAAAUACUUGGAGAAGUUGGCAGCUGAGGAGUAUGAGAAGGAGCUGAAAAGUCGGAGUAUAUGCCGAGGCAGAAGUGAGCUGUCCUUGAACUUGAGCUCUCCUUCGGCCCCAUCCUCUCCCAUUCCCAAGUGCAUCAGCCCAGCAUCCGUAGAGUCCCAGGAGGAGCUGAAGACCCCUUCAACACCCCGUGGGACACCUCAGCCCCCUGAAGUGAGUACCAGUGAACCUGAACCAGAACCUGAGCCAGAGACAAAACCAGAACAGGAAACUGAGGCAGAGGCCGAGCAGGGAACGGACACCCCACAGGAAGUAGAGGCUACGGAGGUGGGACCAGAGAGUGAGGUGGAGCAAGGUCCUGAGCGAGAGCCAGAAGAAAGUGCAAUACUCAGUGAAAAAGAGAGGCAGAAUGAGGAAGUGAAUGAAAAAGACAACUGCUCUGCAUCCAGCAUAUCCUCAGCAAGCAGCACUUUAGAGAGGGAAGAAAGAGAGGACAAGUUAACCAGUGACAAUGAAACUGGUACGUGGUCACAAACUAUUCAAGAUGCUGGUGUGAAUGAGCAGAGCAGCAACAUUCUCAACAACAAACGGUUCAUGCUGGAUAUGUUGUAUGCCCAUAACAAGAAGCCCAAGGAUGAAGAGGAGAAAGAGCUGGAGGAGAAGGAGGAGGAAAAGAAGGAGACGGAGGAAAGUGAUGAGUCAAUCACCAGCCUAGCCAAUAGGAUCUCUAUCCUGCAGGCCAGCAAGCAGGCCAAAGAUGAAAGUGUCAAAAAGAUGGAGAUUGGAAAUCUGGAUAAUCAAGGCAGCGUGAAAGCCUUUGCAGAAAAAUUCAACAAUGUUGAGCUGGCCAAGGGGACAGUAUUGCCUGAGGGUGAGCUCGAUGAAAAGGUCCCUGAGAAAACACCGGCACAGCCCAAGAAGGAAUCUGAUUACAUUUGGGAUCAGCUCAUGGCUAAUCCUAGAGAACUUAAAAUCAAAGACAUGGAUUUUACAGACUUGGGGGAUGAGGAUGAUGUAGAUGUGUUGGACAUUGAUAUGGGUCCUGGGGACUCCCUAAUUCCCCCUCCCCCACCUCCACCUUCCUUUUUGGGUUUGCCUCCUCCACCACCUCCCCCUCUGUUUGGAUGUCCACCUCCACCCUCUGGUAAUUUAUUGGCUCCUCCUCCACUGUUCAGCACUCCUCAGGGUUCAGGGUCACCCCAGGUUUCUAGGGGUCAGCCAGCAUUCAUGAAGAAGAAGAAAACCAUCCGUCUGUUUUGGAACGAGGUACGGCCAUUUGAGUGGCAGUGUAAAAAUAACAAACGCUGUAAAGAAUUCCUGUGGUCGAAACUGGAACCCAUUAAGGUGGACACUUCCAAACUGGAGCACCUCUUUGAGUCUAAAUCCAAGGAACUGCCAGUCACAAAGAAAACUGCUGCAGAUGGAAAGAGACAAGAGAUCAUUGUGUUGGACUCAAAACGAAGCAAUGCUAUUAAUAUUGGACUGACAGUGUUACCCCCGCCAAGGACCAUCAAGACUGCUAUUUUGAACUUUGAUGAAUAUGCCUUAAACAAGGAGGGAAUAGAGAAAAUUUUAACUAUGAUUCCUACCGAGGAAGAAAAACAGAAGAUCCAGGAGGCCCAGAUGGCAAAUCCUGACAUCCCACUGGGCAGUGCAGAGCAGUUCCUUCUCACUCUCUCCUCGAUUAGUGAGCUCUCUGCUAGACUCCAGCUUUGGGCUUUCAAAAUGGAUUAUGAGCUAGUGGAAAAGGAAGUUGCAGAACCACUGUUAGACCUGAAGGAAGGAAUGGACCAGAUGGAGCAUAAUAAAACCUUGGGAUUUAUCCUUUCUACUUUAUUAGCCAUUGGGAACUUUCUAAAUGGAACCAAUGCCAAAGCUUUUGAGUUAAGCUACCUCGAGAAGGUUCCGGAAGUCAAGGACACAGUGCAUAAGCAGUCGCUCCUGCACCAUGUCUGCACUAUGGUGGUGGAAAAAUUCCCAGACAGCACAGAUCUUUAUUCAGAAAUUGGGGCUAUCACUAGGUCAGCCAAGGUUGACUUUGAACAACUUCAGGACAACUUAUGUCAGAUGGAGAAAAGGUGCAAAGCAUCAUGGGAUCAUCUUAAGGCUAUAGCAAAGCAUGAAAUGAAGCCAACGCUGAAGCAAAAAAUGUCUGAGUUCCUUAAAGACUGUGCAGAAAGAAUCAUAAUUCUGAAGAUUGUUCACAGAAGAAUAAUUAACAGGUUCCAUGCAUUUUUGUUAUUUAUGGGUCAUCCUCCUUACGCAAUCCGUGAAGUCAACAUCAAUAAGUUCUGCAAAAUUAUUAGUGAAUUUGCUUUAGAGUAUCGCACCACCAGGGAACGAGUUUUGCAGCAGAAGCAGAAACGCGCCAACCACAGGGAAAGAAACAAGACCAGGGGGAAAAUGAUCACAGAUACCGAUGAAGAGGAGGAUAUAGAGUCUGGAAAGUUCUCCAGCAACUCCACCCCAUCUCAGAGCCAGCCCCAGGGUUUGCAGUACGCUGAAGAUGCAGCAGAGCACGAGAACAUGAAGGCUGUGCUGAAGACCUCCUCCGGCAGUGGGGAAAGCACCACUGCGCUAGGUGUUCGCACUCGAAGCAGAGCCAGCAGAGGCCGUAUCGGUUCAUGGAAUGCUGCUGGUGAUGAUUCACCUAAUGCUACAGAUGAUGCAGCUGAUGAGAUCAUGGAUCGCAUUGUAAAGUCAGCCACCCAAGUGCCAAGUCAGAGAGCGGUGCCUAGAGAGAGGAAGCGGUCCCGAGCAAACAGGAAGUCAUUAAGAAGAACACUAAAGAGUGGACUGACACCAGAAGAAGCCAAAGCACUGGGCCUCAUCAGCACCUCUGAGAUGCAGGUGUGAAAUCCUCAAAGGUGGCUACAAGCAAAACUAUCAUCGGUGAUACACGGGCUGAUAACCAACCAUUCAGUGUGGCAUUGUUCUACCAGCCUCAUCUGCUGCUCCUGACAUCCCGUCCUCUGUUAGUUUAAUUUUGAUAAGAUAUAUAACAGAAAAAACAAAAAGGGCUAAAGAAGGGUGUGUCACAGCUCAGCACUAAAACCUGACAGAUACAAAUAGGAGUGUUUGAGUAUUUCUAGGUGAAAGCUUAUAGCUUGUUCUCUCAUGAUGCAUUGAUGUUGGUAUUAGGGGACUCUCCUGAGUAUUCUUUUAUUGUGUGAGCUAUGUUUACGUUGGCUUUUCUUGUGGCCUGUUUUAGUAAUUGUAAAGCAUGGCAUUUUGUCAGUGCAAGGAACAGUCCUUAAAGAGGCAAAAUCACUUCUGUUACAGUUACUAUGAUCUUCCUAAGAUUGUUUUAUUGGACAGACAUACACAAAUCUGUACAACCCUAUUUUUAUCUCACCACCAAAGAAUGUAAAAAUGUAUGUGUACUUAUGUAUAUGUUCAGUAUGGAUGUGUGUGUAUGUACAACCUACACAUAUAGUCCUGGGGUGAAAUCCUGGCCCCACUGAAGUCAAAGGGGCAAAGAUUUCACUCCUGGGGCCUUAAAAUUCCACCUGAUCUUCAGGAAAGGAGUGUCUUUUUACAGGAACUCAAUGUUAUUCAAUGGAAUUCACCCUGCAGGGCAGGAAAUACCCUGCAGUGCAGGUGGAAUGUUUAGGAUUCUGAACUGCAUGUGUGUGUAUGCACGUACACUGUACCUAAUAUUGUACACACACAGAUAGCACAGAAUACCUCUUACUGAUGAACUCUAGGUAUACUGAGUCUUUGUAUAAUUUUAGAAAUUUAUGCCAACAAUUUACAUGCUAGAUAAAGAGGUUCUGCUGCCAAGAUCAAGAAGUUUCGUUCACCUGCCUGAGCCCUUCAUGCUGCUUUUCUCUGUUGUGAUGUAGCUUAGUGGUGAUUUAGCUUCAAACCGAUUGAACUGAACAUGAAAUGGCCCUGCUAAAACUCCUCUAUAUUUUGUCUUUUUUCAUCAAUAAAAUAAAUAGCGAGGAUACCACAGUGAACAUUCCUCUUCCCACACGAGGAAUUUGCUGUUUCCUCGUUCGUCCUUAUCUCACUGUUUGUAAUUGACUUCUAUAAACAUCUUCAGUAUAUGUCUGAGGUUAAGUGCAUGUUCUAUUCUGGUCUAUCCCCACAUAAACGAUCACACUCCAUUGUCCAAACCAGACAGAAUUUUAGAAUAUACUUUAAUCAGCUCAACUUGCCUUUAAGUGAAAUACAUUCACCUCAGUGAAUUUGAACUGAACCCACUUAUACCCGGCUUUCGCCACCAUGGGAACUGCAAUUUAGUAACAACAACAAAAGGGAACAUUUUGCACCAAAGCAUAUCUAGAAGGAAUGGUACUGAAGAAUGCAUUGUGAGGCAAUGUGGGAUUAGCUCUUUCUGUGACCCUGGGCUGGGACUAAAGGUGUAUUGACUCCUGCAUUUUGUUCCACUUUGAGGACAGGAAGUGCUAAGGAUAAGGCACCAAACAGGCAAAAUUUCAACUAUAUAUGAGACUAUGUUGAACACAGCAUCCAAGUAAUCUGAGAGCCAAUCAACAGGCAAUACUGAUAUAAAUGACCUAGUAGAAUCAAACUAAAUGGAAUAUGUUGUGAAAAUUCCCAUCUGUGCAAUUCUCUCCCUCAGCUGCUGGAUUUCAGUCCUUAUUGACUGUUGCCGUGGGCCUUGAUCCAUCCAGUUCAUGGGUAAAUAUAUGUCCCUGCUCUGAGUCAUGGUUGUUACAAAAACAACAAGGAGUCUGGUGGCACCUUAAAGACUAACAGAUUUAUUUGGGCAUAAGCUUUCGUGAGUAAAAACCUCACUUCUUCGGAUGCAUCCUGCCACCAGACUCCUUGUUGUUUUUGUAGAUACAGACUAACACGGCUACCCCCUGAUGGUUGUUACAGUAUGGCGCUGGGUUUACAGACAUUGGUGAACAUGUUUUCCUGCUAUUUGGCAGUUAGUUUAGUUUAAGAAGUGGAUUUUGCAAGCAGACAGAAGCCAUUCAUUGGUUAGCUAAUAAAACAUAGAGUAAAGAAUGAGUUGAAAGCUGUAAAGAGGAAAAGACUGGUCAGAAAACUGAAGGAAACAGAAUUUAUUUAAUCACAUUCUUUCAUUUUAAAAGAAAUGAUGUGUUGCCAUCAGGAUUUUGGAAAGGAUCUCUACAUGAUACAACACUUGGCCUUUCAGUAUGUUUUCUUAUCUUUCUGCUCAAGGUUGCAUAAAACAUAUAGAUGGAUGUACUGGGGGUUUGUGGAGGUCAGUAAGGUCUGAGUGAGCAGUUUGGAUUGCAAUUCAUGUCCUAGUUAAAAGCAGAUCUGAAUAUGAGUCCUGCUCUGGCCAGAUGCUGAAGGCCUCCUUCAGGGUGCUCAACUCCCAUUCCUGGUACUUGACACUUGGCAGGAUUGAACUUUAAAUUCACUCCUGGGGCCUUAAAAUUAAGUGAGGUUCUUACCCACGAAAGCUUAUGCUCCCAGUACUUCUGUUAGUCUCAAAGGUGCCACAGGACCCUCUGUUGCUUUUUAAAUUCCCUGUGUACUGUGCUGUAUAUGCAGCCUGAACAAUGGGAAUCUCCACUUUUAGUUAAUGCGGGAGGAAUGCAACAACUGCUAAAAGUGUAGAUGGUGUUUUGCCAGCAUAGUAAUAGGAAGCAAUUCUUGUGUUUGGGGACUGUAUUUUAGUGGUAUUUCCCAAGUGUCAUUAAAGUUAAAUGUCUCUCAGUCAGCUUGCAUAUCCAAAAUCCUUUGGAUCCCCCUCAUUUAACAGGGAUUUAGAAAUUAACAACAAAAAUGUGAUUCAUUUGACAAACGUGAGUCAGGAUUAAUAUUUGCUUAGGAUGGGUGGUUGUUGUUUUUACAACUCAAGAAAGAGAUCUACCACUCAAGAGAGAUCUUGGAGUCAUGGUGGACAGUUCUCUGAAAACAUCCACUCAAUGUGCAGCGGCAGUCAAAAAAGCUAACAGAAUGUUGGGCAUCAUUAAGAAAGGGAUAGAUAAUAAGACAGAAAAUAUCAUAUUACCUCUAUAUAUAUAUCCAUGAUAUGCCCACAUCUUGAAUACUGCAUGCAGAUGUGGUCGCCACAUCUCAAAAAAGAUAUAUUGGAAUUGGAAAAGAUUCAGAAAAGGGCAACAAAAAUGAUUGAGGUAUGGAACAGCUUCCAUAUGAGGAGAGAUAAUAAGUCUGGGACUUUUCAUCUUGGAAAAGAGAUGACUAAGGGGGGACAUGAUAGAGGUCUACAAAAUCAUGACUGGCGUGGAGAAAGUAAAUAGGGAAGUGUUAUUUACUCCUUCUCGUAACACAAGAACUAGAGAUCACCAAAUGAAAUUAAUGGGCAGAAGGUUUAAAACAAACAAAAGGAAGUAUUUUUACAGUGCACAGUCAGUCUGUGGAACUCCUUGCCAGAGGAUGUUCUGAAGACCAAGACUAGAACAGGGUUAAAAAAAGAGCUAGAUAAGUUCAUGGAGGAUCAGUCCAUCAAUGGCUAUUAGCCAGUAUGGAGUCCCUAGCCUCUUUUUGCCACAAGCUGGGAAUGGGUGACAGGAUGGAUCACUUGAUGAUUACCUGUUCUGUUCAUUCCCUCUGGGGCACCUCGCAUUGGCCACUGUUGGUAGACAGGAUACUGGGCUAGAUGGACUUUUGAUCUGACCCAGUGUGGCCGUUCUUAUGUUCUUACAAUAGAUCGUUUUAAAUCUGAUUAAGAAGGGUAAAGAUAGUAGCUUACCAACUUCACAUACUCUCCCCCGCCCCUGAACAUACAUACAUUCCUAUAACUCAAGAACAGCUUUGAUUUGGAAGCCCAUAUUUAGCAAGUUAUUAGUCUAUAAUGUGGAGUCAUUUGUUUGUUUGCUAUUUUUUAAUUGUAAACUGUUUUAAAAAGUGGCUAGAAAGACAUGACAAGCAGCACACAAGAGCCAAUUCCUGCUUUCUCCCAUGAUCAUGCAGUUCCUUGUUGUCUUCAAGGGGAAUUGUGCAUGCAUAUGUGAGGAUAGAACUUGGCCCUAUAUAAAGUUCAGAUUCCUCUGGAUUUCCAGCAUCUGGACGCAAGAAAAACUGCAAGGUCUGUGAAUGCUGAAGUUUCUCUGGCUAGGUACGUAAGAGCUCUGAAGGAAGGGGGAAAAAAAAGAAAAAAAAUUAAAAACACCCUAUGCUGUUUUCCUAAUUCUGAGAUGAAAUGAUGCUUUAUUAGGGAACACUAUUGAAACUUAUUUGUAAACACUUGAUAAUACAAGGGACUAUUUUGUGUUUGUCUUUUUAUUUUUUGCAACAAAUGAUUGAAUUGCAUUUUAGAUGCAAUAUAAAGAGAAAGCAGUUUAAUAGUUAAAGAGCAAGUCAUUCAAAGGAGUUUGAGGGGUUUUAUAGUUCUAUGUUCAUGCAAAAAAAUUAAAUAUAUUCUGUACACUUCUAAUUUGUUGGUUUCACAUUGAGUGGCAAACAGAGGUACGUAAUGUUUAACCAUUAUCGAACCAUUGAUCACAUCAAACAGAUAUGAAAUCUGCAGGCUUCUUUGAAAGAAAAGGACGGUUGAUAGCAAUGGGUGUAUUUCUCCUUUUAAAGACUGUCUUGGGGCAUAGUGUGUGUGUGUGUGUGUGUGUGUGUGUGUGUGUGUGUGUGUGUGUGUAAGAGAGAGCGAGAGCUGGGAAUUGUAAAAAAAAAUUGUAAAGUAGAAAAGGACAUGUUUCUUAGACGAAGGACAAAUACUGUAAAAUUGUGUAAAUGUCACUACUCAUGUUUUUUCAUGUUGUGUGUAGCAUAGUGUAAAAUAGGCUUUUCAGCAGUGUUAUUCUGUGAAUUGUAAUUUAAAAACAAGCCAUGCAUGGUCAAAGAUAUUAUCUACAGGUCCUUUUUCAUUUGUUUGUUUUUCUCAUUUUAGGUAAAGAUGUUUUGUUAUAUGUUAAAUUUAAUUGUCCAUGAAACUGCUUUUUGUUUCUCAGUUUUACUUCAUAAAUAACUUGAAUUACUGUUUAAGAAUUUACUACACACAAGCACUCCUUCAUUUGUAUCCAUCCUUAGGAAGCUUUGUCACUACGUUGAGUAUAACCCAGGGGAUUUUCCUUUUUAACACACCCCUCUUUUGCCUCUCCUCCCCCACUCCAUCCCUUCCUCACAUUCUAGAAAAUGCAGUCUCUCUUUUUUCCGUGCCAUGCAGGGUCAACAUGAGAAACUGACCUCAGACCUGUGUCCAAAAUUUCUUGAUAUAAGUAGUAACAAAGCUCACCUCUACAGCAUUAUGUAAACACAUCUUGCAAUAAAGCUUUCUAAAGCAC